CUGUUGAAACCUCAGAAGAUAAAAGACCCAGGGAACAUACAUCCCAGGGGAAGCUGGCUGAGGAUAUGAGAGCAAUCACCAUGAACCAGAAGUCUCUCUGGGCAGGUCUAGUGGUCCUGCUGCUUCUCCAGGGAGGAUCUGCCUACAAGCUGGUAUGCUACUUUACCAACUGGUCCCAGGACCGGCAGGAACCAGGAAGAUUCACCCCAGAGAACAUUGACCCCUUCCUAUGCUCUCACCUCAUCUACUCGUUCGCCAGCAUCAGGAACAACAAGGUUAUCAUCAAGGACAAGAGUGAAGCGAUGCUCUACCAGACUAUCAACAGUCUCAAAACCAAGAAUCCCAAACUGAAAAUUCUCUUGUCCAUUGGAGGAUACCUGUUUGGUUCCAAAGGGUUCCACCCCAUGGUGGAUUCUUCUACAUCACGUUUGGAAUUCAUUAACUCCGUAAUCCUGUUUCUGAGGAACCAUAACUUUGAUGGACUGGAUGUGAGCUGGAUCUACCCAGGUCAGAAAGACAGCACUCAUUUCACUGCGCUGAUUCAUGAGUUAGCAGAAGCCUUUCAGAAGGACAUCACAAAAUCUACCAAGGAAAGGCUUCUCUUGACUGCAGGUGUAUCUGCAGGGAGGCAAAUGAUUGAUAACAGCUAUCAGAUUGAGAAACUGGCAAAAGAUCUGGAUUUCAUCAACAUCCUGUCCUUCGAUUUCCAUGGGUCUUGGGAAAAGCCCCUCAUCACCGGCCACAACAGCCCUCUGAGCAAGGGGUGGCGGGACAGAGGGCCAAGCUCCUACUACAAUGUGGAAUAUGCUGUGGGGUACUGGAUACGUAAGGGAAUGCCCUCAGAGAAGGUGGUCAUGGGCAUCCCCACGUAUGGGCGCUCCUUCACACUGGCCUCUGCAGAAACCACCGUGGGGGCCCCUGCCUAUGGCCCUGGAGCUGCUGGACCCAUCACAGAGUCUUCAGGCUUCCUGGCCUACUAUGAGAUCUGCCAGUUCCUGAAAGGAGCAAAAAUCACGAGGCUCCAGGAUCAGCAAGUUCCCUACGCAGUCAAGGGGAACCAGUGGGUGGGCUAUGACGACGUGGAGAGCGUGGAGACCAAGGUUCAGUUCCUAAAGAAUUUAAACCUGGGAGGAGCCAUGAUCUGGUCUAUUGACAUGGAUGACUUCACCGGCAUAUCCUGCAACCAGGGUCCUUACCCUCUUGUCCAAGCAGUCAAGAGAAGCCUUGGCUCCCUAUGAAGGAUUAACUUACAGAGAAGCAGGCAAGGUAACCUUGCUGCCUGGGGCCUGUUCUCUCCCAGGAAUUCUCACAUGGGAUUUCCCCUUGCAGGCUGGCCUUUGGAUCUCUCUUCCAAGCCUUACCUGACUUCCUCUCAGAUCGCGGAUUGGGCCUGGCUUUGUUUUCCUGCAGCUAUUGACUUGUGGCCCUGAAGUACAAUAAAAAGUUCAUCCAGUA